CUGGCGCGGAACUGAGCGGCGCAGAAAAGUGUGCGCCGAAUCGUACCCCACCGAAACAUUUUAAUUAAUUUCAAAGUGUCAACUAGCAAAAAAUAAUUCAAAACAUCUAAUAAUGGGAGUAAAACAACCGAUCAGUUAAUCACUUUUCUUCUCGAUUUUAGCAUUUCUUAUCUUCAAAAUAAUUUUUUUUUAAUUUUGUAUUAAUGGAAGUAGUGGUUAAUGGGUUUUUUCCGCAGAACAAUUUUGCGAAAUCAAAAAUUUACUUGUCGUUUUGACAAAAAUUGUAUUAUUGACAAAAACUUUCGUUGCGCUUGUCGUUAUUGUCGUUUUCAGAAAUGCUUGAGCGCUGGAAUGAAACGAGAAGCUAUUCAAUUUGAACGUGAUUCAUUAAGCUCUCCAAGCUCUCCUAAAAAACGUCGGCAAACUUUGGAUUAUGGGGGGAGUGAACAAUCUCUUUCGCCGGGAGUCGAAAGCAAACCUUCCAUUUAUUCUACCUCUUCUGGAAUUGAAAUGAGAAAUUUUAUUUCUGAAAAUUCUGCUAAUAAUUAUUCAAAUAUUAUUUAUUUGUUGAUGGAAUUGGAGGCACGUGUAAAUCAAGAAAUGUGUUUGCGUUACCGAAACCUUUCUAGUGCAUUUUCUGGUUCCCAGUUUGAUGCUGAAGGUACUAGUGGCCCGUCUGUUUCACCAGUUUUUCAUCCUAAUGGGCCUUCAGCAUUUAGCUCGCCUUCAGGUUCAAGACCGGCUUCGAUUGAGGAUUUGAAUGAAAUUUCCCGUACAACACUUCUUUUAAUGGUUGAAUGGGCGAAAGGAAUGCAAACAUUUUCAGAACUUCGAAUGGAAGACAAAGUAAUUUUAUUAAAAAAUUAUGCACCUCAACACCUCAUUUUAAUGCCUGCUUUUCGAUCCCCUGAUACUACAAGGCUUUGUUUAUUUAAUAAUUCUUUGUUGGGAGCUGAUCAAUCUCAGGGAGGAAAUGAACAAUUGGGGUCCUUUGCUGCGUUUAAAGCAGCAAAUAUAAUGCCUAGAGUGUUGGACGAAAUUGUUUGGCCGAUGCGGCAAUUAGAGGUUUUUUGUUAA